CCACCAAUUCAUUACCGGCCGUCACAGCGACCGCACAUUGCACUCAAUCGAACGCGGAUUUAUUCUUUAAAAUUUUGUGCCUGUGAUUGCGGCUGUCUUCUUUACAGGACCUUAUUUCAGGAUGAAGGGGUUAUUAUUAUGUCUGGCCUUCGCGGCAGCUUGUCUAGCCAUGCCCGUGGCCGAAAAAAAACUUAACGAGUCAGUUCCAGCUGCCCCUGCGGCUGUAGCCGAAAUUCCUAAGCCAGAAGAGCCUAAACCAGAAGCAGUUGCGGCACCUGAAUUAAAAAAACCCGAAGAAAAACCUGAAGAAAUUGCUAAGAGCGCACCAAUCGAGCCUAAGCCAGAAGUCAAGCCAGCAAAGCCUGAUGAAAAGAAGGAAGAAAGUAAACCCGAAGAAAAGGUAGAUGCGAAAAAGGAAGAAGCCCCUGAAGGGAAAGCAGCAAAACCUGAACCAGAGCAACCUGAACCAAGCAAACCUGAAGAACCUAAGCCAGUAGAAAAACCAGAUGAACCUAAAUCUCAGCCCGAAGGAAAGAAGGAAGAGACUAAGCCAGAAGAAAAGAAAGAGGAAAUAAAGCCGGAAGAAAAGAAAGAGGAAGGAAAACCAGAGUCUAAGUCUAAUGAUGAAGCUGGGAAAGUAGCUCCCCCCGUAGAAGCCAUCGAUGUCGUCAGUGCUGUAAAGGCAACUUCCGCUGUAGCUGAUGAAGCUGUCGACCCUGCUGGAAUAGUGCCAGACACAAAUGUGCCAGUCAUAGCAGGCAAGAGCGCCGAUUCGUCUUCUGAAGAAAAGAAGGAGCUACCGAAAAAAGAGGAAGAAAAAAAAGAAGAAAAACAGGAUGACAACAAGGCAGAAAAAAAGCCGGACGCUCCUAUUGCCCAACCAGCUAAACCAGAAGAAAAACCGGCAGAAAAGAAGUCUGUCGAAGCCGCUGCAGUUGAAGACAGUCUCCGAGUAGUUCGCGAUACCGUCGAAGAUCAGAAAGCUGCUGCUAAGGAAGCUGCACCUGAACCGGUUAAAGAAUCUCUCAAGGUAUCUGAGGCUCCUAAAGAACAAAAGCAGCCUGAAGCUCCCAAAGAAGUUAAGGAGCCUGAGGUUCCAAAAGAAAUAAAAGAAACCCUUAAAGAUGCAGCUGCAGCUCCUAAGGAAGUCAAAGAAAUCGAAGUUCCUAAGGAAGUAAAGGAACCUGAACCACCCAAAGAUGUCAAAGUACCCGAAUCUAAAGAAGCGGAAAAACCCAAAGAAAAAGCACAAGAAGCAAAAGUAGUUGAAAUCCCAAAGGAGGUAGCGUCUAAGGACGAGCCAGCUAAGCCAGCUGAGCCAGUAAAGGAGGAAAAACCAGAAGUACCCGCUGCAGAAAAGCCCAAGGAAGACAAAGAAAAGAAACCCGAAUCAAAGCCAGAAGGAAAACCCGAAAAGCCUGUGAAUGACGCGCCUGCCAACAGCUCGGAGGAGAGCAAUGAGAGCACCGAUAAGAAAGAGGACAGCAGCUCCGAGAAAGACUCGUCCGAAGAGAGUGCAGAGAAAAAGGAAUAAGUGAGUGAUUGUAGCACGCUCGGCGGCAGGCGUGUGUCGACGGCGAGACUCUCGACACGCGCCCCCCGCCCCGCGGCCGGGCCCGCGUCAGCCCGCGCGACUGAACUAGUAUAUGUGAUGCGUAUGCCCUGCCUGACUGAGAGUGUGACAACCGUGUGAAUAUUUCCGACUAUUCUCUAGACACUAGGGACUAUUUAAAAUAGCCGAAACGAAAAAUUACGUUGUAAUUAUUUUUCAAAAUAAUUUAUCGAAUUUCCGGUAUUCUUAAGUAAUACA